CGGAAUAGACCUUUCUUAAUAUCUCGCAAUAAUGUCCAUGUGGGGAGUGGUGGUUGUGGCGACGAGCAGCUCAUCCUCAGCCUUUGAGCGAUGAGAGAAAUCUUGCGCAUCCGGACUGACGUCAUCCGAGACGGGCCCUAGCAGGCCAUCAGCCGCGUGGUUCGUGUUAUGUCGUCACCCAGAUCUGCAGAUACACGAAUAUUCAAAGAUAUACGAACGGAUUGCCCAUUCAACCAAUGGUCUCUGCAAUGUCGACGAUGGACGAUAACCACGUACUCCUUUUGGGAAAAGUCUUCUGCGGGCGGAACAACAGACUGACACCUUGACCACCAGGGCCUAUAUAGCAAGCAUUCCAGCCAAUUUCCCCCUCCCUUUUUCCAUCCAUUUAUCUGUCACAAACCAAAAGCAACCGAAAUGGCCUCCGUCGACCCAACCACAAGAACUGCCUACGGAGCGACAAACUGGGAAUCCUACUCGCAGGGCCGUCCGCCCUACCCAGCCUCCCUCACCGAGAUCAUCUAUGCUUACCGACGUCAACACGCCGACGCGCAAUGGAACCGCCUCGUCGACAUCGGCGCCGGAUCCGGCAUCGCCUCCACGAACUUCAUGCGCGACUUCAAAACCAUCCACAACUCGGAUCCCAGCGCAUCCAACGAAGCCCAAGCGCGCGCGUUUCUACCCGCCUGGGCAGCCCAGCACGGUCUUGACCCGACAUUCGAAUACUCCCAGUCAACAGGGGAGGACGCACACACAAAGGUCGGCGAGAACGAAACGGACCUCGCGAUCUGUGCCACGGCCGCUCACUUCAUCGACCCCGACGGCCUGGUUUCUUCGAUCGGAAAGAUCCUUCGGCCCGGGGGCACCAUGGCGGUGUUCAGUUACUGGUUGCCGACGUUUCCCGGGUCUUCGGAGCGAUUGCAUGAUGCGUUUGCGCGGAUGUUUGAGGAUGUGGUUCUAAAGAAGCGUGAACGGGACAGUGACGAGGCGACACGGGCUCAUGCGGCGAGGGCGAUGGAGCGCCGUCUGGUCGGGCGCGGAGCGUUGGAUUCUGUGCCGCUGCCCGAGGAGGUGUUCGAGGAUCCGGUCCGGGUGUAUAUCAAUCCUCCGGUGGAUGGGGCCGUGCCCUAUAAGGGGGUGUUUUUGAAAUAUUGGCCGGCCGGGCCCCAUACGGACGGACUGGAUCGGGUGCGUGUCGGCGAGCGGAUUGUCGGCUAUCACACUGGAACGGAUCCAGAGGCGGACGGGUGGGCGUUUGAUGUCGAUAAGAUGUGGUUUGUUGCUUUCUUGAAUACAUUUCGCUCGUCGGAUCAGAAGCUCUCGCCGGAGGAUCCGGGGGAGGAGCUGCUUGGCUGGGAGAGGGUUUUUGAUGAGGAGUGUCCGACAGGCAAGCUCCGCGUCGUGUGGACGGCGUAUCUUGUUCUGGGGACGCGGAGGUGAUUUUUCAUCUAUCGAGGGAGAUGCUCCAUGGUAUUAUCGGGUUGUAUAGAUGGCGAAUGCUAUGACUCUGGUGUUCUGCAAAAUUGUUAUCGAGCGAGAUGGGUGUGUUGGUAGCCCUAUUACUAGAUAUUGCAUCGACUGGAGAUGACAUCCGUGCUUGUCAAGGAGUUCGGGCACCAUCCUCCUUUCCUCUGUCCGGAUUAUUACUUACAGUUCUGUAAUUCUCUUUGCUGCCGUGAUGGAAAUAUUUCCAAUAGCAUAGGAAGAAGUAAGGUAGGGGUGGAUUUAGUUAUGUCGCACCAAAGCUUAUCUCUGUGCAGCGUUGUACAAGAUGGCAGCCAUGUGGUAGCAAAUAGUAU